UGAGUGCAGAGGUCGUUCUUCGGACCGAUAUUCGGGUUGCACAGAGGGAGGUGGCAGCGGAACCUUUCUGCUCUGCCUCGCUCUCGGUUCCACCCGGGUCCAGUUGACGCCGGACGCAGUAGCCGAGGCUCAGAAAGAUGGAGGCGGCGGACGCUGGGGCAGCAGAGCCGUCCUGUGGGCCGGAGGCCUCGGCGUCUGCCGACGACCGGCUUUUCCUGGUUAAAGGUGGAAUUUUCCUUGGUUCUGUUGCUGCAGCAGGAAUGCUAGCUGGAUUUGCCACAACAUUGUCCUUGGCUAAAAAGAAAAGUCCUGAGUGGUUCAAUAAGGGAAGUAUGGCCACAGCUGCCUUACCAGAGAGCGGGUCUUCCCUGGCCUUGCGAGCCCUGGGGUGGGGCUCACUUUAUGCCUGGUGUGGGGUCGGUGUGAUCAGCUUUGCCGUCUGGAAGGCUUUAGGAGUGCACAGUAUGAAAGACUUUCGAAAUAAAAUGCAGUCAAUAUUUCCAGCAAUUCCCAAGAACUCUGAGUCGGCUGUUGAGUGGGAGGAAGCGCUGAGAUCCAAAUGAGAGGAGCACGGUGGAUGGAGUCUGGACGAUUGCUACGGGGAAGGCUGGCUUCGCCGCAGCCCCGGAGGGAUGCGAGUGAGUUCUCCUGGGGAACACACAGGUUGCUGACUGACCUCUGGGCUGCACGGCAUUGCGUGUUCUCACAGGAGCCUGCUGUCAUGACUGGGCGCUGCUCUUUUACAGCUGAUCUGGUUAUGUUCCCGUGAGGGGGAGGGGGUUAGGGCUAGCAACGUUUGAAAAGUUAGGAAGACUGUUUAAAAAUAAUUAUAUGGGUACCUUCUCUAGGUGAAGGAAAUCCCAGGGGAAAUACUUUUAUGACUGUAAAAGUUGAAACCCAAGUUUUCCACCUGAAAAAAAAAUUAUAAUAAUGUAUGAUGGAAAAUCUUUAUAAACAGACUGGUACCUCAGUGUGUCUAACUAGGUAAGCUUCAGCAGCCUCGCCUGUCAGCACAUGGCCGUGAGGACCUGGAGGACGCGCUCCUGGAAGUGACGCCCGUCCGCAGGCGGUGCAGCGGCUCUGCGGUCCUGAACGCGGUCUGCAGUUUGUGCGCUGUUUACCUGACGGCCUCACUUUCAGGCCCUGUAAACCUGAUAAUUCUUAGACAAGAAGCCAGUAACAGAUUGUGAUAACCUUGAAAAAAUAAUCCAUGGAAAGGAUAAUCAUGCAAAAACAAUGAUAUUUUGGGUAUAAAAUGUACUUUUUUGACAAGUUGAUUGUAGGUCCCUAAACAUUGCCUGACAGUUUGUAGUUUUAUCUCAGUUGUCAAUAUUAAAAUAGACCGGUUAUCACCUAUCUUAACAAAUAUUUUUAACCAGAAAUGUACCUGCCUGAGUAUUGAGUCUCUAGGUGAAUUAAAAUUUUUUAAAGAAAAGUACGUUUACUAUGUCAGUAUGUCCAGAAAAAUAACCUCUGGUUGAAUAUCAUUGUGUAUUUUCUUUAUAAUUGCUUAGGCUCUAAUUAGCAAUCAGUUUAAUAAAGUACAUUUGAAAUUUA